CCACAGUAGCGCUUGAGCGUUCAUAGGGGAUACACACGCAGUUAAUUUUGCAGGAACAAUGACGGUAGACUUUUAUUACACUCCAGCUUCGGCUGCCUGUCGGUCGGUGAUGUUGACUGCUAAGUCCAUGGGGGUGGAGCUCAACCUCAAGCCCGUUGAUCUCUGGGCUAAGGAACAACUGAAAGAAGAGUUUGUGGCACUUAAUCCCCAGCAUUGCGUCCCCACUAUGGUCGACGGCGACUUUAUUCUCUGGGAGAGCCGGGCAAUCUGCACUUACCUUGCCAGCCAGUACGGGAAGCUGGACGCCUUUUACCCAAGUGAACCGAGGGCUCGCGCUCGUGUUGACCGUCUCCUGUACUUCGACAUGGGCACACUCCACCACCGCUUUGGGGAAUACGUGUGUCCAGUUGUCUUCGGUGGGGAAGAGAAGGUAGAGCCACAGAAACUAGAAUCCCUGCAAGAAGCCCUAGGCUGGCUUGACCAGUUCCUGGCCGGACACGAUUGGGCCGUCGGAAACAUUAUCACCGUCGCUGACAAUGUGUUGGUGGCGUCAGUGUCUACCAUGGAAGCUUGUGGCAUAGACCUAUCUAGUCAUGAUAAUGUGAGUACGUGGUUGGAGAGGUGCAAGUCCGUACUACCUGGGUACAGCGAAGUGAAUGAACCCGGGGCCGCAGAGUUCGGCAAGAUAGCGAAGGAGAAGCUGAACAAACUGGAUAAACCUGAUGGGACCGUUUCUACUUCUUCCAAUUGAUAAUGUUUGAAGAACAGUCACUGUGUAUUGUAAGGUGGGACUCUUAGUACAGGUUCAAUGUUUAUUGUGAUCUUUGUAUUAAAAUUUUCCUGACUUAAAAUAUAUAUUACAAACCA